AUGGCUUUCUCUCUUCACUCCACGUUUCUCAAAUCUCAAAUCCCGAUUCCGAUUCCGAUCUCCGCCACCGCUACCGUCGUCGUUUCCCUUCCGGUACGCUGCGGUCCUCGGGACAACCGAGGACCGCUAGUCAAAGGCAGAACCCUAAGCACCGAAGCAAUCCAAGCCAUUCAAUCUCUAAAACGGGCCGAGAAAUCCGACCCGACGAAGCUCGAACAAGUCCUCUCCACUACGCUCUCCCGAUUGCUCAAAGCCGACCUCGUCGCCACCUUAAAGGAGCUUCUCCGGCAGGACCGGUGCGCCCUCGCUUUGGAGGUUUUCGCCGUCGUACGAUCGGAGUACGGCGCCGAUUUAGGGAUGUACGCAGAGGUGGCAGCGGCGUUAUCGAGGAACGGAGCGGCGGAGGAAAUCGACCGGCUGGUUUGCGAUUUGGAAGAUGAAGAUAGGGCGAUCCAGUGCGAUGAUAAGGGUUUGAUUAAGUUGAUCAAGGCGGUGAUUGGUGGGGAUAGAAGGGAAUCGACGGUGAGGAUUUAUAGGAUGAUGAAGAGGAGCGGUUGGGGAUCCACCAUCAAAGCCGAUGAUUAUACGGUUAGGGUUUUGAGCAAGGGCUUAAGGAGGCUCGGGGAAAUGGAGAUGGCUGAUGAGGUCAAUAUGCAAUUUCAAGAUUUAGUGGGCAGUUUUUGA